AUGGCGUUCGGAAAGUGCUUCAGCCGCCAGGGCAAAAAAGAACCUACACGCCCGAAACUCGUGGAACUGAGAUCAGCGAAAUGGUUUAUCAUGUUUGUGGUUUCUUUCGCAGCGUCUACUAUCGUACCUGUGACGCCAACAGCAUUGGAACGCAAAGUGGGCCUUUCGAGUGACCAAACGAUCGUUGGCUAUUUAGCUGACCGAACAGAAUCCCGUCGGUGGCCACUUCUAGUGGGAUUAGUGGCACUUGGUGCGGCAACGGCAUUACUAUGUAUUGGGACUAAUCUUGGUCUCUGGAUCGCUGGUCGCUUGUUCCAGGGCGCAGCAGCAGCAGUCGUAUGGACAGUCGGAAUAGCCUUAUUGGUCGACACAGUUGGCAAAGAUGGACUUGGACAAGCAAUAGGAUACGUCUCAAUGUCCUUAAGCAUCGGCACAGUAGCCGGACCAUUGCUUGGAGGUGUUCUUUAUCAGAAGGGUGGAUACUACGCUGUAUUCGGUCUUGCAUUUGGGUUAAUUGGCGUGGACAUUUUCCUUCGGGUGAUACUGAUUGAGCAGAAACAUGCUGCACGGUGGUUAUCUCCCGAGACGAGACCCUUGUCACCAUCUGCAGCUCAAGAGAAAAAUGACACUUCCGAAUCAGGUGCUGGAACUACAACAUCAGGAAACCAAACAUUUACUGAGAACUCAGAAAAGCUAAAGCAUGCCCGUCAUCCGUUGAAACAAAUUGCAAUUUUGCUGGGAUCACCACGCCUAGUCGUGUCACUCUGGGGAUAUUUUGUUGUCUCUUUAGUGCUUACAUCAUUUGACAGUGUGCUUCCGAUCUUCGUCCAACAGACAUUCGGUUGGCAACAAACUGGACAAGGACUAAUUUUCAUACCGAUUAUGAUUCCUCAUCUCGUCGAUCCUAUCACUGGCAUAAUAAUUGAUCGGUAUCCGAAGUCACCCAGAUACCUUGUAUCGGCUGCUUUUCUAUGUGCCCUCCCACUCGCUGUGCUGCUCAGGCUGGUGAGAAAUGAUUCGAUGCACGACAAAAUUGUUCUCUGCUCGUUACUUGCGUUGCUUGGCCUAUGUCUCGCUAUCUCCAUGACCCCUUUAGUGACGGAGGUAUUUCAUGCUGUUAAAGAAAAAGAGGACGAGUCUCCUGAAAGCUUUGGUCGUGGCGGUGCGAUGGCUUUAGCCUUUGGCAUUUCUAAUAUGGGCUUUGCCGCGGGAAGUCUAAUUGGCCCCUUCUUUGCUGGGUUUAUUCGUCAAAGUGCUGGCUGGGGCACCAUGGGCUGGGCAAUGGGUUUAAUCACGGGAGUUUCUGCAAUCCCGGAAUUACUACUUUUAGGUGGUUGGAUUUUGCGCAAGGAGGUGCCUGCCAAUGACCGAUCUGAUUCAAGUUUGGAGUGA